AUGAAACCUACUUCGUCCAACCGUCCAUUUUCAGAUCGAGUACCAGACAGAUUUAAGGAUGGUGAUGAUGCCCAGUUCGAUUUCACAGCUCCGCCGCGAGGUAUGGGUUCACGGGACGGCAACGUGCAUUAUAUGCAGCAAUCCCUCUUCUCCAUGAUUGCUGCUGUCGGAUCCAAGUCGGACUUCCAUGCCCGAUUUGAUGAAUCUAGUGAUAGUGAUGGAGAGACGGAAGAACGUCCGCAGAUUGAACAAACUAGUGAGAAAUUAUCAUCUCGGACGCCUAUACCAUCCUUGGGCUCCCUCCAGCCAAGCAAGAGAUCGGAAUCAAACACACUCGUUCUGGAAGAAAGAGGACGUCGCCAUCAAAGAACAAGAUCAGACAAUAAGCUUCUGCAGAGAUUACCCAGGUUAGAUUCAGAAGGUGGGGUUAACGAGUCAUCAAACCAACCCGACUCGAUCCUCAAGAUGCCUCCUCUAAGGCGAACCCGCAGUGCGACACCGCGAGCAGCCCCAGUUCUAAGUCGCAUGGUUGAAGCGCAAUCUCACUUUGACUUGACAUCGGCUACACCAUACUUGCCACCCAAUCCAAACAAACCCAUGGAAGACCAGUCACAAUCAUCUGCAUCCGCUCUUUCUACGCGAUUGAUGAAGAUGUUUGGGUUUGCGAGGCCUGAAAAGGUUCUGGUGGAGUAUGCUUGCUCAUUGCUUCAAAGCAUGCUUCUUCAAGGCUACAUGUAUGUAACGGAAGGUCACAUCUGCUUCUACGCCUACCUUCCAAAGAAGUCCAACGUGGCGCUAAAGUCGGGGUACCUAUCCAAACGGGGCCGCAAGAAUCCCGCUUAUCAUCGCUAUUGGUUUGCUCUGAAGGGUGAUGUCCUCUCAUACUACGCCGAUCCCUCCAAUCUCUAUUUUCCUAGCGGACAUGUCGAUCUUCGAUAUGGGAUCUCUGCGUCUCUCGCAGAACGCAAAGACGGCGAUUCGAAAGAUUUUCAGGUCACCACCGAUCAGCGGACUUAUUUGUUCAGAGCAGACAGUGCUACUAGUGCAAAGGAAUGGGUGAAAGCUCUCCAAAAAGUCAUCUUUCGCACACAUAAUGAAGGUGACAGUGUUAAAGUAUCAUUCCCAAUAGCGAAUGUUAUUGACCUGGAGGAGAGCCCAAUGGCCGAUUUUGCGGAGACAUUCAAGGUUCGAGUUCUCGACAGCGGCGAAACAUAUGCAAUUGACGAGUACUUCUUCUCAUUUUUUGAUUCGGGCCAAGAUGCGUUCAACUACAUCAAAGGUCUGGUGAAUGCUGCAUCGGCUACUACCGCAAUGAAGGAGCCGCAGGGUGAGCAUAGCAUCCGACAUCAACCCGAAUCAAAUCGUACUGCCCAUAAAAGACAGUCGGUCAGUAGCGUUCGAGUAUCCGAUCAGAGGCAGGGAGAUUCACCACGCAAGCGAAGCUCCAGUGUAGGGAACGAAAAUCAAGGCUCGGCGGACUCAUUUGCGGAGCAAGGGACCGGAUCAUCGCCGAUUAUACAGUCGAUGACCGAGACCACUGAAUCGGCCAGUCAGAUACUACACAGAAGCGACGUCUUUCAAUCGCCCACCAUGCAUACACUGCAAAGACGUACAUUGGAUGUGGGAGAAAACAUUCGAGGGCAUUCUGAUGAUACAACUCCCUCUGCGUCUGCGCGGCUGGACCUAGAUGCAGCGGCAGGCUCUCCGUCUGGGACACUAGGUGGCAAUGAAACCACAGACGACACGCGACAUGCCACCGGCCAAUCUAACACAAUGCAAUCUUCAAGACCGAGCUCGGUUACUCAUCUGAACGAGCUUGUCAAAGCAGGCGCAUAUCCCCUUCAACGCGCCGCUGGUUUCGCAGAAUACUUAAAGAGCCGCUCGAAGCAGAUGAGUACGCUGUUAGCAACAGAGUCAAUGGGCUAUAUAGAAAAGGUCUCUGGCAUGUGGAUUGGUGGGCAGAAGCAUUAUGGAGAGCGGGAAGGGCCAUUACUCGAAGACCAGAACGUUGAUCCCGAGGACAACGAAGGUGCAUUCAAUUAUGGGGAUCGCUUUCGUGCACACUUUGCUCUCCCGUCUAGCGAAAAACUGCAGGCGACAUAUUACGCCUACUUGCAUCGCGUGCUCCCGCUCUACGGUAAGAUCUAUAUAAGUCAGAAGAAACUUUGUUUCCGGAGCCUGAUCCCUGGCACUCGGACCAAAAUGAUUUUACCGUUCAAGGACAUUGAGAAUGUUGAAAAAGAGAAAGGCUUCCGUUUUGGAUACCAUGGACUUGUUGUCAUUAUCCGUGGUCAUGAAGAGCUUUUCUUUGAGUUCAACGCCGCGGAUUCACGAGAUGACUGUGCAGUCACAUUGCAUCAAAAUUUAGAGUCCGUGAAAUUCCUAGUGGAAUCUGGCUUGCUAGCAGAUGAAGAGCAAGACGAGGUUGAAGCAGCCAAGGCUGAGCACCGCAUGCUUCAGGAAGCAAGACUGGACAGCCCCGAGGAACACGAUGCACGUCCGAGUUUCACUGAGGAUUCAUCGGAGAUACAUCCGUUCUUUGACGAUCCUCGUGCUUCCAUUAUCAACUUCAAACCUCCCGAGCCUCUAAGGAUUACCUGUCUGACCAUCGGCUCCCGAGGCGAUGUACAGCCGUAUAUUGCACUUUGCAAAGGACUACUUGCGGAGGGCCACAAACCGAAGAUUGCAACCCAUGCCGAGUUCGAACCCUGGAUUAGACAACACGGAAUUGACUUUGCUCCUGUUGACGGUGAUCCCGCGGAGCUAAUGCGAAUUUGCGUGGAGAACGGGAUGUUCACAUAUUCCUUCCUCAGGGAAGCUUCAUUGAAGUUCAGAGGAUGGAUCGAUGAUCUUUUGUCGUCGGCUUGGAUUGGUUGUCAGGGUAGUGACCUUCUAAUCGAGUCACCGAGCGCCAUGGCUGGCGUCCACAUUGCAGAGGCUCUAAGAAUUCCGUACUUCCGCGGGUUCACCAUGCCAUGGACAAGAACACGGGCCUAUCCUCAUGCUUUCGCAGUACCAGAGAAUCGCAUGGGUGGUGCAUACAACUACAUCACAUACGUCAUGUUCGACAACAUCUUUUGGAAGGCGAUCGCGGGGCAAGUGAACCGCUGGCGAAACAACGAGUUGGGAUUGAAAGCCACAACCUUGGACAAGAUGCAGCAAAACAAAGUCCCGUUCCUUUAUAAUUACUCGCCCUCCGUGGUGGCCCCGCCUCUCGAUUACCCGGAUUGGAUUCGCAUUACCGGCUACUGGUUUUUGAAUGAGGGCACAAAUUGGACUCCUCCAAUUGAACUAUCAAACUUCAUUGCGCAGGCCAGAGCGGAUGGCAAGAAGCUCGUGUACAUUGGGUUCGGAUCCAUUGUAGUCUCAGAUCCUGCUGCCCUGACACGGACUGUCAUCGAAUCAGUCCAGAAAGCAGGUGUCCGAUGCAUCCUCUCGAAGGGCUGGUCCGAUAGACUUGGUGACCCAGCUAGCAUGAAGACUGAGAUACCUCUACCACCAGAGAUUCAUCAGAUCCAAUCUGCACCCCACGACUGGCUUUUCUCUCAGAUCGAUGCUGCAGCCCACCACGGCGGAGCAGGAACCACCGGCGCAAGUCUUCGAGCCGGCGUCCCCACCAUCGUCAAGCCAUUCUUCGGAGACCAGUUCUUCUUCGGCUCCCGGGUGGAGGAUCUAGGCGUUGGCAUCUGCAUGAAGAAACUGAACGUCAGUGUCUUCUCGCGGGCUCUGUGGGAGACAACGCACAGCGAACGUAUGAUUGUAAAGGCACGGAAUUUGGGCAUUCAGAUUCGCAAUGAAGACGGUGUGGCCACUGCAAUCCAGGCUCUUUAUCGCGAUCUUGAAUACGCGAAGACCUUGGCCCGACAGAAGUCACUUGCGUCGUCGACCCCAUUCUCUCCUACACCUACAGCUAAGACCUCCCCAGAUGGAGGCGAUGACGACCUUGAUGAUAUUGAAGAGUGGACCUUUGUCGGUGAUGAAACUGGCUUCGACAUCUCGAAGCGGAUGCGUGAGCGAGCUGCUUCAGAUGCUGACAGGCUAGGUUCCAACAUGUUCCAAUGA